AUGGGCUCGAUUUUGCGACAGUCGUACGAUCUCGCAGUGCAGGCAGGGCUGCGUACGAUGGAGGCGAAUGUGAUCCCGGACCGCGCGCUGCGACCAGCUUGCCGUUACCUCAUGUCGCAGCGUAUCGCAAUGUCGCGAAAGGAGACGGUGGAGGAACAACUUAGGGACCUGGUCGAAUUCGCUGAGUCUCUCAAGACGAUGCCCAUCGCGCUCAGCACGGCAGCGGCCAACGAGCAGCACUACGAGGUCCCCACGGAGCUUUUCCAGCUGUGCCUGGGGAAGCGACUCAAGUACAGCUGCUGCUACUUCCCCACGGCCAAAACAACUCUUGACGAAGCGGAGGAGCUGAUGCUGGCAAUGUACUGCGAGAGGGCGCAGCUGGCGGACGGGCAGGAGAUCCUGGAGCUGGGGUGCGGGUGGGGCAGCCUGUCGCUGUACAUGGGAGAGAAGUACCCUCACAGCCGCAUCGUGGGGGUUUCCAACUCAAGCACGCAGAGGGCGUACAUUGAGGGCCAGUGCAAGAAGCGGGGCAUCACUAACGUGCGCGUCAUCACUGCAGACAUGAAUACGUUUCAAGCAGAGGGCACCUUCGACAGAGUGGUGUCUGUAGAGAUGUUUGAGCACAUGAAGAACUAUCAGCUGCUGCUGAAGAAAGUGGCUUCCUGGAUGAAGCCGGAGGCGCUGCUCUUCAUCCACAUCUUCACUCACAAGGACUUCGCCUACCACUUCGAGGAUGCGGGCCCGGACGACUGGAUGACACGAUACUUUUUCACGGGCGGCACAAUGCCGGCCGACAAGCUGCUGCUCUACUUCCAGGACGACCUCAGCAUCGCCAACCACUGGUGUCUCAACGGGACUCACUACCAGAGGACUAGUGAGGCAUGGUUACGUAACUUUGACGCCAACAUUGUGAAGCUCCGGCCGAUCCUAGCGGAGACGUAUGGCAAGGAGGCAGCGACCAAGUGGACGGUGUACUGGCGCACAUUCUUCAUUGCCGUGGCUGAGCUCUUCGGCUACUCCAAGGGGCAAGAUCGCAACUACUACGACAUCCUUCAAGUGCCGCGAUCGGCCAGCGAGGAUCAGAUCAAGCGUGCGUACCGCAAGCUAGCGCUCAAGUUCCACCCGGACAAGAAUCCCGGAGACGAGGAAGCAAAGAAACGGUUCCAGGAGAUCGGCAACGCAUACGAGGUCCUGUCGGACGGUGAGAAGCGGCGGAUCUACGACCAGCACGGCGAGGAGGGCGUGAAGCAGCACAGCGCGCAGCAAGCCGCUGGGGGUGGCCAGGACAUCUUCUCACAGUUCUUUGGCGGGUUCGGGGGUUUCGGGCAGCAGCAGGAGGAGGAAGAGCAGACCCCCAAGGGAGAUACAGUCACAGUGGACCUGGAGGCGUCGCUGGAAGACCUGUACAAUGGCAGGUCGUUCCAGGUGUGGCGUGACAAGAACGUGGUGCGAUCGGCGCCCGGCAAGCGCAAGUGCAACUGCAAGGCGCGCAUGGUGACGAGGCAGAUUGCCCCGGGCAUGUUCCAGCAGUUUACGCAGCAGGAAUGCCAGGAGUGCCCGAACGUGAAGUACGAGCGCGAGGGCAUGCCCAUCGACGUGGACAUCGAGAAGGGCAUGAAGGACGGGCAGGAGAUCACCUUUUACGAGGAGGGAGAGCCCGUGAUGGAUGGCGACCCUGGUGACCUCAAGUUGGUGAUUAGGACGCGGCCGCACAAGCAGUUUGAACGGAGAGGGGACGACCUUCACAUGAACCUCACCAUCUCUCUCGUGGAUGCUCUCGUGGGCUUCAAGCACUCCAUCACUCAUCUUGACAAGCAUCUCGUGGAAGUCGGCACCUCGGGUGUCACACGGCCAGGGGAGGUGCGGAAAAUAAAGGGCGAGGGCAUGCCGAUUUAUGACACCACCAAAAAGGGCGAUCUCUAUGUGCAGUUCACUGUAGACUUCCCCAAGUCGCUCUCAGAGGACCAGAAGGAUGUGGUUCGGAAGACUUUUGGGGCUUCGGGCAGCACGGGCAGCGGCAAACUACAUGAGGAAUUCGAGUCACGUCUUAGACGAGUCAAAACCCGCGUCGCGAGUUUGCGAGUAAUGGAGAUCGAUAAGCCCGCCGCGGAUAGCACCGGAAAUACCGCGUCUGACGGCGAGCAGCACCGACGUGGCAUUCCAGUGGCGCAGUUUGUUGCUGACGUGGAGGCGUUUCUGGCGGGCAGAGAAGCGCCAGCUGUCAUCCAAUCGCUGGAGGAGAGGAUGCAGCAAUACAAGCUGCUGGAAAUCAAGCUGCUCACCCAGAAGAGGGAUCUACAGUCAAAGUUGCCAGACAUCAAGAAGAGCCAAGAGAUUGUGCAGACGCUGGUGAAGAAACGGGAAGAAAAACAGCAAGUGCGUUUGGACUACGUGUUGGCGGAUGGGGUGUUCGCUCGAGCAGAUGUGAAGGAUGCAGGCUCGGUGUGCCUGUGGCUGGGGGCGAAUGUCAUGGUGGAAUACCCUUUUGAUGAGGCUCUGGCUCUGCUGGCGCGCAAUGAGGAGAACGCCACGAGCAGCCUCGCUGCCAUCGAUGGUGACCUUCUUUUCGUGCGCGAUCAAAUCAACAUCACUGAGGUGACUGUAGCGAGGGUGCACAAUUGGGACGUUCAGCGCAGAAGAGCAGCCGGAGCUGGAAGCAGCGCCAGUGCCUUGAGGGAAGAGAUUGCUGCCUGA